AUGGAUACAGAAGGAACUACAUCAUUCUUUUCUGGUUCAGCUAUAAAGAGCUACGAUGGUUCAACAUCUGAUAUAUGUUCUUGCGGGAUUAUCCUUCUUGUUCUUAUGGAUGGUUACUUGCCGUUCGAAGAGUCUAAUUUUGCAGUUUUGUAUGAGAAAAUAUUCCGUGAUGAAUUCACAUUCCCUAUGUGGCUCUCAUCUGAUGCUAAGAAAUUGAUCAAGCAUACUCUCGAUCCAAACCCUGUAAUUAGGAUAAGAAGGGAUACAAUCCACCAAGCUUUAGAACGCAUAAUACUGGACAAUGUUAAUGUUGUUUUUAAUGAUGCAACGGAUUUGUCUAUGCAUGAGAAUAAAUCUUUUGAUGAUGAUUCUGAAUUGGGGCUUGUUAAUUUAUUCAAUGACUGUGAGCAUGAUAUUGUUAUUCUUGUGACUGACUUGGGAAAAAUUGAACUGAGUUGUGAUGCUUUUGAACCUGCACAUGCAUACAACUUAGACGCAUCUAGUUCCAUGUUUAAGUCACAAACAGAUUGUCCUGCUUCUGACCUGGAUAUUGUUCUUUUAGAAUGUGCUAAAUUCAUGUUACCGACAGUUCCCAACCUAGGGCUAGAGUUAUGUGCAUCUCAAAUUCUUUUGGACAUUUUUUCCACUAAGUAUCCUGUCAUUGAGAGGCUAUAUCUGGAAUCCCUUCCUGUUUCUUUUCCCAUCCCUGAACAUGUUUGGGGGUAG